GAGAUGCCCGGAUGUAGCUGUCAUGGCGGCUGGCGGGGUCGGUCUUCUAUUGGAAUGGUCCAGCGGCGGGCGCCACUUCCCCGGGUGUCCAGUCGGCCGGUUGACUGGCCUGAGCUGUUCAACAUCACACUAUUGAAGUGGCUGUCUUGUGUUAAAUAAUCUGAAGACACACGAUUGUCAGAGCCUUGUUCUAACAUGCACUAAAUGCAAGAGAAGAAGUAUCUUGAACAAGUCUGUACAACGCUCCUGACAUUCCGAUAUUCCAGUGAAUAGAAAUAUGCAGACUGGUGAGAAAAUUUCUGCACAAAGCGAUGAAGCAAAUGCUUCUUUUCCUAUGAAUAGCAAGAGUUACUGUGGAAAAAUAAAUGUAUCUAAGGGAAGUUUUCUACGAAGAUCUGAAGUGUCAGUAGGGGACAAAUUCACAAAAGUUACAUUUACACCAGUUUCAGUAAAUGUGAGUAAAGACUCUCAACAGAAGUUGAAAUUAAAACUUGAAAAUUCAAAAGUUGUUCUUUCAAAAUUAAAUAUGGAAAGAGAUCUUUUUCAAAACUCACUUGUCAGUCUAAACAAGAAAUCAUCACGUAGAUGCCAGACUGCAAGAAAAUCAUUCAGAAAGGAGUUAUCUUGUUUCAAGAAGGGUUCUGUGCCGCAAGCUUUGGGUGCGAUGUCUAAAACUUCUCCAGAGGCAGCAAAAAACGUUUUGAUAAAAGUUCUUCGUUUUAGCUGUGCAAAAUGUAAGGAUAAUGUGGAAUACAACCCAAAGCAGUUGCAGAAACAUUAUCAAGAAUUGCACGCUGCAGAUUUGCCUGUGUAUCCCUGUGAGUUAUGUACUUUCACUGCAAAUGAUUUUCAAUCAUUGAGACAACAUAGACUGCAACACCGUACCCCUCUUCUAAACUGUGAAGUUUGCAAUGAUGGAAAAAUGUAUACCCUUCAAGAGCUGAGGAGGCAUUUAAAUUGGAAACACUGUGUCAAUGGCCAUUUUCGUUGCGAAAAGUGUCGAUUUUCUACAAAAGACCAAGGUACAUUCAUUCAACAUAUUCACCGACAUGAUGAGAUUCAAUACAAAUGUGGUAAAUGUGAGCAUGUAAGUUACACAAAAGGUGAAUUUCAGAGGCAUCUUGUUGUACACACAGGCUCUUUUCCAUUUAGUUGUCAAUAUUGCAGCUAUGGUGCAACUCGGAAAGACUACAUUGUAAAGCACCUUAAUGCCGUCCAUAAAGAGCUAACAGAGAAUAGUAAUUUAAAAGCAGACCUUGACUCAUCUCAGAAAGGAAAAGGGAAGAAUCCUGUGGGUCUCAAACUUGUACUGAAAAGAUAUAAUAAUGGGGUGUCUCGAAAAACACAGUGGAGGAAGAAAGGUCUUCAUGCUGUAGCAACAAUGGAUAAUGCUAAGAGAUAUUUUGAUACAACAAACAAAUGCAACAGUGUAAGACCACAAUCUCCAACAACUGUAGAUCCAAUUUUGAGCGAUGGAAUACUUAAUACAAAAGAUGUUGGUUUUGAGAAUGUUGGAAAUCGGGGUCAGAAUCCAAAAGUUUCCACGAGCUUUCCUCAGAGCAAAACGGCUUCUUCUUCUCAGAUUUCUAAGAAUUUUCAUCCUGGGGCUUCUGUAGUAAUGGUAAACAAUAAGUUAUCAGUGCCACCAAAUUAUAGUGCUCAAUUUAUGGGCUUCAAGGUGGUUGAUGGAAAACAACAUUUAGUUAUAAAACUAGUACCUGCAACCAAACAAAAUUCAACUCUUUCAAACUCGCCGCCCCAAGCAUUAAGUGACAGCUCUACAAAUUUACUUCAGAGCUCUGCAGAUACUGUGGAGCAAAUUCAUCUUCAGAAAAAGGACUGCAAUGGAUUAACUGGAACAAACACAUUAAGUGUUGGAUCAUCUAUGGAUUUACCAUCAGUUAAAUUUGAUAUUACUGCAAAUCAACCUCAGGUGUCCACUUCAAUAAAUAGUUCUGUGAUAUUGAAAACAUUAAGCCCUGUGUUGCAUAAGGUGCCUGAUGAUAUAUCUGUUACAAUCCAAAAUGAUAAAGUUAUCCAGUUACCAGAACCAUUGCUUGUUGGUAUGAAUACAGUUCAAAGAGAUAUCAAACAGUUACCAGCAAUACCAAUAUCUUCACCAAAUUUAAUUGAAACUAUAAUAAACAAAACACUAUUAGAAAAACAACUUGUACAAAACAAGAAUCCAAUAGAAAAUAAGACUCCAACUUUAGAUCAGUGUCCAGGAUCAAGUGGCCAUUUGCCUAAUACAUUUGCAUAUUUAACAAAGAGCCAGAUUGAUUCAAGCACUGACUUGCAAUAUGUAAUGGGUAGACAGACAUCGAGUGAGGAAAAGAUGGCAUGUUCAGAUUUUCAUACUUCAUUGCAAUCAUCUGAAAAAGGCACAGACUUGCCUUUACUUCAUGAGUAUGCCAAGAGGAGCACUUCUGAACACAACUGUCAUUAUGCUUUGUUAGUGAAAGGAGACAUACCAAAUACUUCAGUAAAUUCACAACCAUCAACCGUUGCCUUUCAGCAAAGGACUGAGUUGAGGUCUGCAGAACCACCUGCGGUUGAAGCUGGUAGAAAUAAUGUUUCUAGUUCCCAGCAGCUACAAGGCAUCAUAACCACUCCAUUUUCUAAAAUUCCCAAGUUGAGUCUCUUAAACAGAAAGAUUUAUACACCUAGUAUGGUUUCAAUUUCCAGAAACCAAUCUGUAUCGUAUCCUUCACAGCCAGUGUUUGCUUUCCAAAAUUGUGGUAGCCAAGGUUUGAGUGAAUUUAGUUCACCUCUACUCCUGCAAAUGCUGAAGCCUUCUGAGGAAAAUUAUGAGGGAUCUGAUGAAGCAAAGAUGAGAAUGGCAACAACAAAAACAAUGCCUGUGUCUUCAGCCUCCACAUCACUUAAUUGUACUGCACCAGUUUCUACUUUUGUUUCAACAAACCUGGUGAGUGUAAACUGUGAUGAAUCCACAAAUAAUAAUGGGAUUAACAACAUUAAUUCUGAAACUAAAAGUGUUAUUCUGUCUGAACAAAGCAAUCUGUGUCUAAUAAAUGAAAAAGAGCAACAAAGUGAAUGUUUAGAUAAUUUGAAUCAUCCUUAUUCUGUAGAGGCAUCCGAGUCAGGGAAAGCAGACUCUAAACUUGAAGCUCAGACCUUACCCAUGGAUAAUACAUGUGACAUAUUGAAUAAUGAAAGUUCUGCACUGCAGAAACAGGAAUCUGAAUUUAGGAGCUUUGAUUGGUCAUCACAUUUGACUGGUGUCUCUUAUGUGAAUGAUGAAAAUGAUAGAUCACAAAAUGCAAGCAGCAGUGAAACAAUGAAUGGUGAUAGUACAGCUGAGUGCUCAAAUAAACUAGAUUACAGUGGAGCAGAUUCAUCUUCAGAAAAAGAACUGCAACAUGACGCAACUGGAUAUGAAUGGGCAGAGAUGAAGGAUCAUAAUACCAGAGGCUAUAUAAAUGAGGAGAUGCAUCAUGUUGAUGCAGACAACAAUUUUCAAGUUGAUGCUCAAAUGUCCCCUGAAAUGCCUAGAAUCACAUCUGUGUUCUCAUUGCAGACUGGUCAUGAAAUGAAUUGUUUGCCUCCUGAAGAAAACCAAUUAAUUCUUGAUGCACUGACAAAUACCUCUGUAUUUUUAGGUCAUGAAAAUGUUUGCAGUGAGAGUAGAAUUCUAGAAAGACAGACUGGUGUAAAUAUUCCUGCUCACAAAACUCUUUUACAUAGUUUUUCUUCUAAAGAAGACACACCUGUUGUACAACAGGACUGUACAAAUAUUAAAGAAUAUGCUAACAGCACUGUUUUAAGUAAGAGUAAAUGUAUUGACGAUGGGAAUAAGUUGCAGAGUAUAUCAUUGCAUCCUGCGUCAAGUAUUAGUACACCAGCAAGUGUUGAACAGCUGAACACUUUGUUAAAAACUCAUGGAGAUGAAAUAAUCAACAAGCAGUUAAUGAAAGAUGCAAUUCGUACAUCGGCUAAUGGAAACAAUAGGUCAUCUGUCGUACCUGUGACACUUUUAAGACCUAUACGUCUUGCUGGCCUCAAUAAGCCAAUUCUAAUUCAAUCACUCCAGAAAGGCUCUGCAGUGCCCUCACAUUUAUCAAAACAAUCCAGAUUGCAAUUAGUUUCUGGGGGUUCCGUUUCAGAAUUGAACACAGCUGUUCUGCAGACAGUAACAGACAAUUCCAUUUCCCAGACUAAGAAACGGCCUGGCAUGAUCCUUACUUUCAGUAAAGGUACACUAGGUGCAGUUUCUAACCUUGUCUGUGGUGGUAAUCUUCAAACACCAAAGGUAAAAAGAGAAACACCAUCUUCUGGUAGUUGUGUAGGACAAAAUACACAUUCAGUGGUAACGAGUGGUUCUGAAAUAUCCUGCGCAAAGAGUUCAUCAGUUCCAGCAGUAAAUAGCAUGCCUUUCAAAAGCACACUGUUCUUUAAAGGUCCAAUUUCUGCUUUGGUUGAUCACUGUUCUUAUGCAAAGGAUACAACUGCUUCCAAAGAAACAUUAGAGAAUUCAAUCGAGAAAAGAUCAUUAGAGGGAUGUGUUGAUGAUGCAGAUUUGUUGUUUCAACCAUGCGAAAAUGUUAAAUCAUUUGUCUCAAGUAAUUCAUCAUCCCAUUCAAUGAGUCAAGAGAGAGUUUUGGGUUGUUCGAGUACACCUAGAAACAUUAAAGCAGAAACUUUGCCUAGCCAACAAACUGUUGUGCUUCAGUGUUUAAUGCAGAAGAAACAGACUGGGCCCAGCAGUGAAGAUUCUCCAGUUAAUACCAGUUCUACAUCUGAUGACACUGGGCCUCCUCAAAAGAAAAUCUUAUUGAGAAUUGUUAAACGUUCUAAUGAAGAGUCAAGCACGAAGGAUGGCCAGUACUUAAAAAAUGCACUAUCGACAUUUCAGAAAGAUGCUGCAGGCAAUUUAAUUAAACCUUUACAGCAACCAAGUCCAGCUGUACUGCUUACUACUGGUGGUUCUCAUUGUUUCUUGUUACCAGUGAACAAACAUUUUCCCUCAUCUGCUGCAACCUGGCGCUUUCUUCCACAGGGUGGUGUUCAUACUUCUCUUAAACUUCCUAUUCCUCGAAUUCCCAGAACUCCUUCCAUCCGUUCAACUGAGAAGAGUACUGGUAAAGUAUACUCAUUUAAUACCCCAAAAUCUGCAACAAAGUCAAACUGUAGAUCAACGAAAGAAAAAUCUGAUGAAGUAUGGACACCGAGAAAGGCAUCUAAUGAAAAACUUGUUUUUAGAUACAGUAAGCGCCUAAAAAGAAAGUUGGAGCAUUCUGAAAAAUCCCUGAAAACGGUAACCAUUGACUAUGGUACACACAAAGAAAAACAAAAGGGAGAACUGAACAAGCGUGUUGAAUUUCACAACAGUGCAGCUACUGCCAGAACUGUACGAACAAUGAGGCUUAUACCUUUUGAUCAUCAUCAGCUUAUUAGAUGUCCAAGGAGAAACCAACCAGUGAUCGUGCUUAAUCAUCCUGAUGUAGAUGUUCCUGAAGUGUAUAAUGUGAUGAAAACCAUGAAAAAGUAUCAAGGAAAUGUUAUUAAGGUGGUUUUAUCAAAACGAACAAUUGAAGCCUUGUUGAAUCCAACUUCUAGCAAUGUUCGAGUAGCUGCAAAAGGGUUUCCUGCCAUUCGACACAAAAAGGUAAAACCAGUGAGCCCAGUGAAGGAAAGAUAUAUACUUAAACUGAAAUUGAAAAAGACUAGCAAGAACAAUUAUCAGAUAGUGAAAACAGUCUCAAGUAAAGCAAUUGAGGCUAAAUUCAGCUGCUGGUUUUGUGGUCGAAUAUUUGAUAAUCAAGAUGAUUGGGUUGGACAUGGUCAAAGACAUUUGAUGGAAGCAACGAGAGAUUGGAACACCUUGAUUUAGAUAUCAUGAACACAGGAUCAAGUGAUGUAAAAAGGCUUAAAUUGCAAGCAACUCAAUUGCUUAUUGCCUUUUGUGAUUGGCCAUAUUUAUUUAUACUUGAAUUCACUAAAAUGCAUUGCUUCUGUGUUUAGGGAUAAAAUGUUUUUGAUUGGAACUAAAUUAGCUAUGGUCUCUUGGUAGCAUAUAAAUUAAGUAUGCAAACCUGGAUACACUGUAGAUUUUCAUACGAUCUUGCAUGUGUAUAGUAUUUCUUUACAUUUUGAAGUAUGUACUAUUGUCAUUGGUAAAAUACUGACAUUUGUAAGUCUUCACCACCUAAAUGAUGUGAACACUAACUGAAUAUAUGCAAUCUUUCAAAAUCAUAACAGAUAAUUUGAAGCUGGUGAAAUACAUGCUGAUGCUUAUUUUUAGUUUCACCUGAAGUCAGAAGUGAGGAAAAAUACUACAGUUUGAUAUAAAUAUGUUGGAAAGUACAUUGCUUAUCUAGCCGAUGGGCAAAAACUGUUGAUACUGUGCUGAUUUCAGAAUUUAAUUUAAGUGUAGAAGGCAUUUGCCAUUUCUUGUUCUUUUUGGCUUCAGUGUCUGCACUUUGUUUUAUUGCAGUAAGAAUUGAGAUUAUAGUUAAGAUGGACUCUUCUGAGUGAUCAGUUCUUCCCUGUCCCCCCAACAUGUGUGGUGUGAUGUGUGAUGAAGAAGCAGUGGAUGGGUAAAAUUUGUUGUUUUUCUCUGACACAUAGGUUCAGUUGGUAGAACCGUCUGAA